GGAUGGUGAGCAGUGAUUGGUUGCCGGGAGGCGGGGCGACUCGACCGCUGGAGAAGUGGCCGCAACCGGAGGCGAGAGCCAUGGGUCAGGCGGCCAAGGUUUUACAGCUCUUUAAAACAUUGCACAGGACCAGACAACAGGUUUUUAAAAAUGAUGCUCGAGCGUUAGAAGCAGCCCGAAUAAAGAUAAAUGAAGAAUUCAAAUGUAAUAAAACUGAAACUUCUCCUAAGAAAAUAGAAGAGCUAAUAAAAAUAGGUUCUGAUGUUGAAUUGAUACUCAGAACAUCUGUUAUACAAGGUAUUCACACAGACCACAAUACGCUGAUUACUCUAGCUAUGACAACAUUCAUGUCAUGAACGCCUUCAAGAAAACAGUGGUGCUUUUUUAUGAAGCUGAAGUUCUGAGUGAAGAACGCAUUCUGAAGUGGUAUAAAGAUGAACGAGGGGAAGUGACUGGUUUCAUGCUUCUGCAUGUGACUGUCCAGCUCCCCCAGCCCUGUGCACUGAAGAGACUCCUCUUUCCCCGUUGCAUAUUCCUUACUCCUCUGGUGUAAAUGAACUGACCGCAUAUGUGUGGAUUUAUUGCUAGACCCUCUGUUCUGCUCCAUUGAUCUAUAUGUCUGUUUUUAUGCCAAUACCAUACUGUUUUGAUUGUGAUUGAUUUGUAGUAAAGUCUGAAACAAGAA